CCACUUGCGGUGCGACGCUGUCCUCGAGGCAAGCCCAGGAACCAAGUCGCUGGACACCGGCGACCAAGGCACGUUGGCAGUAACAGGCGGUGGGGUCAGCCCUAGUAGUUUUACUUUGAAAUUGGCGAUGGCGGACAACGAGCGCCCCGGCAACGAGCCCACCGUGAGCGCCUGGCAGCGCUGGGUCUGCCUGCCCUUCGGUGUGUUCAACGGUCCGGCCAUCUUCUCCGGCCAAGCCGCUGGGGUGGCGCCCCGCGGCGCCAGCACCUCCCCGCAUCCGGAGCGCAACGGCCAUGAGAGCGCCGAGCAGCCCAAGGCGGCCAGCUGCGGAAAUGACGACUACGUGAUCGUUCCGCAGNCUGAGCAGGCUGAAGCGCCCAGUGUGUGA